GCGCUGGGGUGGCCUCAGUGCCCAUGCCCCUCCGGCUGCUGCCCAGCUAUGGCCAAUCUGCUCCGGGCUGCGGCGACCUGGGGGCUGUUCCCCUGGAGGGGCUACUGCUCCGGGGGGACGCAGGGUGAGCUCAGCAAGGGCUUUGUGGAGGCUCUGAAGGCGGUUGUGGGGAGCUCCCAUGUGUCCACCGCUGUCGCCGUCCGCGAGCAGCAUGGUCACGACGAGUCCAUGCACAGGUGCCAACCUCCAGACGCCGUGGUGUGGCCCCAGAAUGUGGAGCAGGUCAGCCAGCUGGCCGCCCUGUGCUACAGCCAAGGAGUGCCCAUCAUCCCAUUUGGCACGGGCACUGGGCUUGAGGGUGGAGUCUGUGCGGUGCAGGGCGGUGUCUGCAUCAACCUGACCCACAUGGACAAAAUCCUGGAGCUGAAUCUGGAAGACUUCUCUGUGGUGGUGGAGCCAGGCGUCACCCGCAAAGCUCUCAACACCCGUCUGCGGGACAGCGGCCUCUGGUUUCCCGUGGACCCAGGUGCAGAUGCCUCUCUCUGUGGCAUGGUGGCCACUGGGGCCUCGGGCACCAAUGCCGUGCGCUAUGGCACCAUGCGGGAGAAUGUGCUGAACCUGGAGGUGGUGCUGCCUGGCGGUGAGCUGCUUCAUACCGCAGGCCUAGGCCGUCAUUUCCGGCUCGGGGCUGGAGACCGAUCGUCUCAGGCCCUGGCCACUCGCCUACCUUGCGUGUCCCCGGGGUCCAGGAAGAGCGCAGCUGGCUACAACCUCACAGGGCUCUUUGUGGGCUCUGAGGGGACACUAGGACUCAUCACAGCUGCCACUCUGCGUCUGCAUCCUGCCCCUGAGGCCACAGUGGUCGCCACCUGUGCAUUCCCCAGUGUCCGGGCAGCCGUGGACAGCACUGUUCACAUCCUCCAGGCUGCGGUGCCCGUGGCCCGCAUUGAGUUUCUGGACGACGUCACGAUGGAUGCCUGCAACAAGCACAGCCAGCUGAACUGCUCCGUGGCGCCCACUCUCUUCCUCGAGUUCCAUGGUUCCGAGCAGGUCCUGGCCGAGCAGCUACAGCGAGCAGAGGAGAUCACCCAGGACAAUGGAGCCUUCCACUUCUCGUCGGCCAAGGAGGCUGAGGAGCGCGGCCGGCUCUGGGCAGCGCGGCACAGUGCCUGGUACGCAGUGCUGGCCCUGCGGCCGGGCUGCAAGGGCUAUUCCACCGACGUGUGCGUGCCCAUCUCCCGGCUGCCAGAGAUCCUGGUGCAGACCAAGGAGGACCUGAAGGCCCAGGGACUCACAGGAGCCAUCCUUGGACACGUGGGUGAUGGCAAUUUCCACUGCCUCCUGCUGGUGGACCCAGAGGACCCCGAGGAGCUCCACAGGGUCAAGGCCUUUUCAGAACUGCUGGGCAGGCGGGCACUGGCACUCCAUGGGACAUGUACUGGGGAACAUGGCAUUGGGCUGGGCAAGCGCCAGCUGCUACAGGAGGAGGUAGGUGCCGUGGGCAUGGAGACCAUGCGGCGGCUGAAGGCCAUGCUGGAUCCCCGAGGCCUCAUGAACCCAGGCAAGGUGCUGUGAGGGCCUGAAAGCACUUGGCCCACGAGCCCCCAGACAGUGGAACCUCCUGUUCUGGAACCUUUCUUCUUGCCACAGAACAGUUCCGCCUCCGCCCAGACCUGCAGGGGGCUUGCCUGCCUUCCCCUUGGUCUGAGCCUCGCUGCUGCUGGGGGCCAGCUCCCUUAGCCUGACUCCACGUGCCUGGUGACAGGAACGCUCCUUUCCUGGUGUGGGAAGGGAUCCCCCACUUUACGUUGAUAGGCUUCCCUGGGCCCCUAAAGCAAACCAGAGCCCCAUUUGCAGCAGUCUGGAGAUGAGCAGGCAGCCCCUAUGCAUGGCCUCCUGUGCCCGCCUCCCUCCCACCCCCGUCAGGUUCUCUGUCCUGUGGCCAGUGAUAUCCUCAGCCCUCGUUCUGGGCCUGUCCUUGGACUUACUGCAGCCUGGGGAGGGGAUGGUGCUUAGGCUACAGAAGGUUGCUUUCAGGGACCCAGGUCCCUGUCCCAACUGCUGUUUGUGAGAAGCUGAGAGCCCGAGGAUUUGCCCAUGGUCACCAUGAGCCUGGACCGAGCCCAAGAACAUUCUGAACAUGUUCUUCAAGUGGCUGUUGCCAAUCAAUGGAAAUGGAAGUGAAAUUAUUCUGCUUGUAUUAUACUUCUCCAUGGUGUGAUGUAUUACAUUACUAGCUCCCCCCCCUCCCCAAGUCAGGUCUGCCCACCCUGGGGAUCCCUGGUGAGACCACUCAGUCCGUGUACUUCAGCUGUUCCCAAGCCCACAAGAGGGCGCCCACCACCAUGGCAUCUGCUCUGGGCAGAGGCACCCAGGACUCCCCUGUCCAGGGCCUACAAUUCUCUGCCCUGGGUACCCCUACUUCCCCAGGUUGAGGUGGGGGGAGGCUUGGUGUCCCGGAAGCCAAUCUCUAAAUCCCAUCCCAGGAGCCUAUCAUGUGGGCCCAUCUCCCUCACCCCCUUGGACUUGGCCUCUGAAUAAAGAUGAGCAAAGCAGGGAAACCAGUGGGACUCUCCAUCUCACCUCACCCCUACUCUCCUGAGCCACCACUGAGCUCCUUCCCUGCCUCCACCCCACGGGCCCCUCCCAACUUUCCCCAUCAGCUGUCUAGGCUCUGGGCAGAGGCCGCCCUUCUGGGACUCCUCAGCCCAGCAUGAUUCUCGGAAGCCCCUCUCCUCACUGGACUGAGCCCCGUUUGCUCCUCCGUGACAUUUCCAGCCCUGGGCUGUGAGCACUGUGCCGAGGGCUGGUGUGGGGGCAAGCCUCAUUGCCUCUCCCCAAACCACCCUGGUACACGAACUACCUAAGUGUUAGCUGCAUGCAUUCUGGACAAACAGCUCUCUAGUACCCCCACCCCCCCACCCCGCCCCGCAAAUGGACUGCCUCACCCCCAAGCCCAGGGGAGAAGCCUGCAAUGGAGGCUUCUCCCCUUACUGGGCAGAGAUCUACUUUGAUGAAAGAACAAGCACACUGUUCACUGAAAUACCAGCCCCUGAAGAUUCAAGUGACUAUUUUUGCCUUAUUGUCUUUGUGUGUGUACUUUCUGGAGAGCCAUCUGGAGUGGAGUUACACACUUCUUGGCACCAUUUACCUGCAGAAUUCAGCACCUAUCUCCUAAGCAUAAGGACCUUCUCUUAAAAACCUCAACACCGUUGAAGGGCUACUAGAUGGUCUUAGUAAGGUGCAACUGCCCGGGAAGCCCCCCCCCCCCCCAAGCGUGCUGAGCCCUUAGCAGAGAGAGGGGGAUGGAAGUCACCUUGAGAUUCCAGCUGACUCCCUGCCCGCCCAGGAAGAGAGACAGCGACCUGGAAGGAGCAUGACAGAGACCAGGCCUACCUGGGAAGCUGGGACUAGCCUGUUCAACCCCCGCCUGAGGGGCCUGCAAUCCGGGUGAAUUCUGGAGGCCAGUGCAGCCAGCAGAGGGCUGCCAUGUGCCGGGUGGGAGUGGAAGUUGCUGGGGGGUGGGGACAGGCACCAGCCCCAGGAGCCUGGAACAGCGCCCGGCCGGCGUGGGCUCCAGCCUGCCCCACUGGGUCACGACCGUUUGGCUCACCCAGGGCCAAGCCUCCAAGGUGGUCAUAAAGGUCUCUGCCUGCAGGCCCAGGGGUCAAGCAAGGAGAUCUUCGGGGCCGGCUUUGCUGGAGGAAUUAAAUUUAGAACAGGGAGACACAGUUGCCAGGCAGAAGCGGGAGGUGCUGUGAAGAGAACAGUGCUCUCUGCGAUG